CUCAACAAGGGGCUUUCCCUCCCUUAAGAUAUUAUGCUAUCAGCCCAGUCUAUAGUCAGUCAGAGUUUGGGUGCAAAGCGAUCGAAAUCUUCGUGCUCGACGUACAUGCAAUAGCACCUCAAAAAAAGUAUUCUUGAGAAAGAAUGGAGGCUACUAUACGUUCAGUAUGGAAUUGGGCUGCRAUACAGUUCAAUAAUGCAGUUGGUGGUAUAAGAUCUCUUUGGUACAAACUAUUAGAUAUUCUGAGCUUCCUUAAAGAUUCCAUCGGUUCUCUGAUAUCGAGUCUAAAGGCAAGAUUUUGUUAUUCAAGUGAGACUGCUUCGAUUACCCAGUCGAUGUCUGUGCCUUCGAAUUCGAGGCCUGUAGGUGAACUCACCGAAAGAGUCGAGGUUCAUCGAAGGAAAACUGAGUUUGAAUUUGAAGUCGGCAAUCCACCAGCAAAAAGAAGACGUGGAAAAUCCAAAGAAAAAACAACGGCUAGAAUCCAAAAUUUGUUGGAGUCAAGGGAAACCGAGAAUUUGAUAGCAGGAUUGCGCACUGCCAACUUGAGCCUCGUAUGAAGAGGAAAGCACAAGCUAUUCUCAUACGUAUCUACCGUAUGUUAAGACCUAUGUUACGACUGUCACGUAAUGUUACGCUACUACUUUUAUUUUUAAUCUUUGAUUCGUCUUUGUACAUAAAAAAGCAUAAAUGCAAUUAAGAAGGUUUUCAAACACUUGUUUUAUAAAAAAGCAGUCAUUCAUUUGUGAAAUGCUAGUUUUAGCGUAUAGUUAUGUCAGCGUGACCGGCGAGACUGGGACGAUCUGGUCACGGGUCACAGCCAUGUUUAUUCUCAUAUUCUUACUAAUCUAGUGAUUAGACAGACUGCUAGACCCGUUGCCCACAGGCAUGGGACGUAAGGGCUUUUUUCGCAACCAAGUAAAAUGUGUAGUGGCGUGUUUGAAGCAGCAGAGGAAGUAGUUGUAGAAGCAUCGGUGGAAGCAGAAGGAGUGGCAGUAGUAGCAACAGUAUCAUUAUCAGCACCUGCAUCAUAUGUAGUAGUAUCAGAGGUAGCAGUAGUAGCAGCAGUAGUAGUAGCAUAUAUAGCAGCAUCAGAAUCGCCUUCAGUAACAGUUUCAUCAGCAUCAUUAGCAGUAGCAGCACCUUCAGGAGCUGUUGUGACAACAUCAGAAGCUGCAGCAUCCAUAGCAACAGGACCAGCACAUAUGGCAAGCCGUCGUGGCUGCAGUAUGGCUCUCACAUCUCCUCCACUCAUCGUCACUGGACGCGCUACAUCAGUAUUUUGCUGUUUGCAAAACUGCCAGUAAUAAUCCCUGUAGARUUCCGUACAAAAUGUCAUCAUUUUCUGUGCUUCCUAUUCAUCAACCUCCGUGUUGACCCAUCCGUCCAGUUUGAUAUCUCCACCAUCUACUAACUGAAUUGACAACCCAGCAAGAUGAACUAAAGUCGCUCCAUACGUACGUUCAUCGUCUACGCACUCGUACUGGUAGAUAACAAACAAUAGUCCGCUGACGCGUGUUUUAUCUUGCCGGAUAAUCUUGUACACUUGACCGGCAUGUGUUUGCCAUUCGUUUGGCUCACAUUCUGGUUCACUCGUCUUUUUCUGCCCCUUUCUCUUCCAGAACCUCCAAAGCAUAAAUAAAGCUAUUAAACAGCUAUAAAAAAAUAAA